GAGAAGGAAUCAGAUAGGGCCUGCAUAAUUGAUUGUGAGGAUUUGCUUGAUGGAAGAACAUCUUAGUCCAAUAACUGUUACACAUCUCCUUCAACACACACUCAGGAGCUUGUGCAACCAUGAAAAUUCUCAAUGGGUCUAUGCAGUCUUCUGGAGGAUCUUGCCUAGAAACUACCCACCACCCAAAUGGGAAAGUCAAGGGGCUUAUGAUAGAUCCAGAGGAAACAGAAGGAACUGGAUAUUGGUCUGGGAAGAUGGUUUCUGCAAUUUUGCAGCCUCAUCAACACCUGAAAUUAACUCUGGCGAUUGUCCCACCUCAUCAUCGGUUUAUGGGAACUGUGAAUCUCAACCCUACCAAGGGCUGCAACCUGAGCUCUUCUUCAAGAUGUCACAUGAGAUCUAUAACUACGGAGAAGGUUUGAUAGGGAAAGUGGCUGCAGAUCACAGUCACAAGUGGAUAUACAAAGAACCUAAUGAUCAAGAAAUCAACUUCUUGUCAUCAUGGCACAAUUCAGCAGAAUCGUACCCUCGGACUUGGGAAGCCCAGUUUCAGUCUGGUAUAAAGACCAUAGCCCUUAUUGCAGUAAGAGAAGGUGUUAUUCAACUAGGAGCCAUUCACAAGGUGAUUGAAGACCUGAGCUAUGUGGUUCUCUUGAGAAAAAAGCUCAGCUACAUUGAGAGCAUACCAGGUGUGCUCUUACCACACCCAUCAUCUUCUACAUACCCUUAUAAGGUGGAAGGCUAUGGUGCCCCAGAGCAAUGGCAUUUCCAAGGCAGUGUUACACCUUCAGCUGAAUUAUAUGACCAUUUCAACCAACCAUUGAAGAUAACUCCCUCAAUGAGUAGCCUUGAGGCCUUACUCUCAAAGCUCCCCUCAGUGGUGCCACCACCACCCCCAACACAGUCACAGACUCAUCCUUCUUGGUUAACCCAAAGGCACUUGGAAUUCAUGGAUUUGCAAAAUGUAAUGGCAAAGCAAGAGUUAGAUGAAGAGUUAUAUAGGCCUGAACUGCAUAUGGGUGAGAGUAGCAGUUCAAUGCCAGGAUACCACCAUCAGCACCAAGAUUAA